AGACCUCUAGAGGUCAUCAUUCACUCUCGGAUAUACCCCGAAAGACUUGUCUCGUUUCAGUCCCCAUGAUAUUAACAAUGAGAUCUUAGAUAUUUACUCCCUUUUCACACUAUGGCUGCUUCAAUUAUUCUCACGCCCUCCACACCCAUUAUUCGAAUCAACCAAAUCAACCACAGAACCACUGGAUAUUAUAACCCGACUGUAAUAGCAGGAAGCCCACAAAUUAGUUAUGCUCUCAAAUCCUCAUCCCCAUGCCUAAAUAACCUUGGGAGGAGACAUGUUCUAUUAUCAUCCACAUUUCCUGCACUGCUACUAAGCUUGGCUUUCUUCCCCGGCAUCGCUACAGCUGAAACAGUGAACACCAGAGGAAAUGAGCUUAUAGAGAAGCUUUUAGAGAGGUCCAAAGCCAACAAGGCUAAAUAUGACAAGGAGAGGCUAGAUGAUUACUAUAAGCGUAACUACAAAGAAUACUUUGAAUUUGUUGAAGGAACCCUUAGAAACAGGAAGGGGGAUUUGUCUGAGGCUGAGAAAGGCAUUAUAGAAUGGCUUAAGAAAAACAGAUGAGAGGAUUGUUCAGAAGUUUGGAACUUCAUGAUUGAUUCCAACAUCCGUAUGUUAGAAAUCAUUACAUUGUCUGGGUGCAGCAACUAUGCAAACCUACUUUUCAGCAAGCAGUAGAUAUUCAUGAAAAUCUUAUUUUUGUGCAAGCAAGUUAUCAUGAAAUAACUGGGAUAUUUUGGAUAAAUAUAUAUACAUUCUCUUAA